UUAAAUAUUGUCAUGGGUUGUACACAAUCUAGAAUAGACAAUGAAGAAUCAGUGUCAAGAUGCAAAGAGCGGAGGAACCUUAUGAAAGAGGCGGUUUCAGCUAGGAACGCUUUUGCUUCAGCACAUUCCGGUUAUGCCGUUUCUUUGAAGAACAUCGGCGCCGCCUUGAGUGACUACGCACAAGGCGAAGCGCCACCAUCCGCCACCUCGGCGGCAGCUGUCGGCAUUGAGCCCACAUUGGAGCCACCACCGAGGCCUCCUCCUCCUCCUGGGUCCCCCCUACCCCCUCCUCCUCCUCUGCCUAACUUUUCGCCUUCUCCAUCGCCACCGCUCCAGCGGUCCGUGACCAUGCCGGAAUUUUCAUCGUCGAAGCUGAUGAGGGUGAAAAUGAAGGGAAUUGACGAGGAUGAGGAUGAAGAAGAGGAAUUUGAGGAGGAUGAUGAGAGAAAUGGUUCUUCAUUGAGGCCUAGAAAUAGGCGAAAUGCGGUUGAAGAAAUAGCUCCCGAGACCGCUGUAAGGACGCCUUAUACGCCGCCCCCACCGGAGAGUAAAGGGAUGGCUUGGGAUUAUUUCUUUAUGGUGAAUAAUAUGCCGGGUUCAGAUUUGGGGGAAGUGGAGGAAGAGGAGUAUAUAAUGGAGGAACAAAAUGGGAAUGAGGGUGGAAGAUUUAGCAAUGUGGGUGGCAGUGAUGACUUCAAGACUCCAGAGAAGGUUGGAAUUGAUAGAAGAGGGAUGGAGACGGAGGAAGAGGUGACCCCUGUGGUAGUAGUGAAGGAGAAGCAAUUUAUGCAUUCGAAGACAGCGCCUGCAGGAAUUAGUGGAGUAGGGAAUGGUAAUAUUGAGAAAGUAGUAGCUAGUAGUAGUGGUGUUGAUUUCUUGAAGAUUCUGAGUGAUGUUGAUGAUCAUUUUCUCAAGGCUUCUGAGAGUGCACAAGAGGUUUCCAAAAUGCUUGAGGCUACAAGAAUGCAUUAUCAUUCGAAUUUUGCUGACAAUCGAGGGCACAUUGACCAUGCUGCAAGAGUCAUGCGAGUUAUUACCUGGAACAGAUCGUUCAGAGGUGUGCCAAAUGGUGAUGUUGUAAAUAAUGAUCCUGAUGCAGAAGAAUACGAGACACACGCCACUGUUUUAGAUAAGUUGCUAGCAUGGGAGAAAAAGUUAUACGAGGAAGUCAAGACUGGUGAACAUAUGAAACUCGAAUAUCAGAGGAAAGUCACUCUCUUGAGCAAGCUUAAAAAACGUGGUGCAAGUAUUGAAUCACUGGAGAAAGCGAAGGCUGCUGUUAGUCAUUUACAGACACGAUAUAUAGUUGACAUGCAGUCACUGGAUUCAACGGUCUCAGAAGUGAAUGAUAUCCGUGACAAGCAACUGUAUCCAAAACUUGUUGCUCUCAUUAAUGGGAUGACCAAGAUGUGGGAAUCAAUGUGGAUGCAUCAUCAAGAUCAGAAGAACAUUGCUACUGACCUCAAAUUGCUUGAUGUUACUGCUGCUCCCAGAGAGACGAGCAAACAUCACCACGAGCGCACUCGCCAGCUUUUACAUCAUGUCGAAGACUUGCAUUCACAUCUGGAAAAGCUCAUGACAAAUCAGAAACAGUACAUCCAUUUCCUUAACAGCUGGUUGAAGCAAAAUCUCAUCCCAAUUGAAAGCAGUUUGAAAGAGACAAUAUCAUCACCACCCAGAUCCCAAAAUCCUCCAAUUCAACCCCUCCUUCAAAUUUGGCAUGACCAUCUUGAGAAGCUUCCUGAUGACGCCGCCAAAUCUGCAAUCCAUACCUUUUCUGAGGUGGUCAAGAGAAUCCUUGUUCAUCAAGAGGAGGAAAUGAAGCUCAAGGAAAAGUGCGAGGAAACGAGAAAAGAAUAUUUGCGCAAGAGCCAGGCUUUUGAAGACUGGUAUCACAAGUACAUGCAACGUAGAACUCCACAUGAUGAUGCAGACCCUGAUAGACCUGAAGAAACUAAUCCCAAUGACCCUCUUGCCGAGAAGCGGUUUGUGGUGGAGAGCUUGAAAAAGAGGUUGGAAGAGGAAAUGGAAGCUCACCAGAAGCACUGCAUUCAAGUGAGGGAGAAGUCUUUAGCAAGUCUCAAAAUCGGGUUGCCUGACCUUUUCAGAGCUGUGUCAGAUUAUGCUGAGGCAUGUUUAAAUGCUUAUGGUAGUUUGAGAUCACUCGCACAGUCACCCAAGCCAAAUGGAGUUUCUUCAUGACUGUGUAACGCUUGCUUCACUAUUAAGUUAGUACGUUCUUGGCUUUCCCUAGUAAACGCCUAAUUUAUUGUGGAAAUACUUUUGUGCGAGUUCUACCUUGGAAUUUUGUGA